UCCAUUUUAUACAUCUCAACAUACUAUCACUUUCAAGCAUCUAGAUGGACUCAAACCAAAUUAAUUUAAAAAUCUAGAUUUCAGUUAAUACCUACGCUUUAACUUAAGACUCUCUCUUGGUUACAGAAGUGUAGUUUGCUUUGAAAAAAGUUGAAAUUAAUUUCUUAAAUUUCUGGAGAUGAGAACGCGCUUUCUAUAAAACCAGUUUUAUAGAAACCCAUUGGACUUCAUUUUUAGAUUAUCAGUUUUCAGCCUCGAGCAAGUCACUUAACGUCUCAAAUAACUGGCCUUUUCAUCUGUAAAAUAGCAUACUCUGUUUUUCUUUUACCUAUUCUUUUUGCAUCGAAGAUCUAUCAAAUCAUUUGUUAGGAACUGUUCAUUUAAUCAGAAAGAUCAGGUUCUCUCUCCUUUUCUAUUGGCGGUGAUUUGUUACGGAUUUGUGUAGCAUAACCAGUCUUGACUUAAUUUUACUUUUGUUAGGUUUUUUUUUUUCCAGGUGCUAGUCUAUUUUCUUUUGUAUUUGUCCCUUUUCUUUGACUACUAAAUUCAAUUACUUAAAUCUACUUACCAUGGAUAACAUUCUAACUAGUUUUCCUCACAUUUUUUUCUUUUUUAAAUAAAUUUUUUGGCUGCAUUGGGUCUUUGUUGCUGCGCACGGGCUUUCUCCAGUUGCAGCAAAUGGGGGCUGCUCUUCGUUGCGGUGCGUGGGCUUCUCAUUGCGGUGGCUUCUCUUGUUGAGGAGCACGGGCUCUAGGCGCACGGGCAUCGGUAGUUGUGGCACGCGGGCUCAGUAGUUGUGGCGCAUGGGCUUAGUUGCUCCGCGGCAUGUGGGAUCAUCCCGGACCAGGGCUCGAACCCGUGUCCCUUGUGCUGGCAGGCGGAUUCUUAACCACUGCGCCACAAGGGAAGUCCCAGUUUUCCUCACUUUUUUUUUUUUUUUUUUUGCGGUACGCGGGCCUCUCACUGUUGUGGCCUCUCCCGUUGCGGAGCACAGGCUCCGGACGCGCAGGCUCAGCGGACGUGGCUCACGGGCCCAGCCGCUCCGCGGCAUGUGGGAUCUUCCCGGACCGGGGCACGAACCCGUGUCCCCUGCAUCGGCAGGCAGACUCUCAACCACUGCGCCACCAGGGAAGCCCCCUCCUCACAUUUUUAAUUAAAAAAAAUUUCAAACCUACAGGAAAAGCUGAAAUAAUAUUACAAUGUAUAUCCAUUACCUAGAUUCACUGAUCGUUAACCACAUUUCCUUUAUUUCUUACAUACUUUUUAAACGGAACUCUUUGGAAUUAAGUGACAGACAUCACAAUACUUCAUUCUUAAAUUCUUUGGCAUUAAUCUCCUAAGAACAAGGGCGUUCUCCUCCAAAAAAUGCAAUACCAUUAUCACACUCCUAAAUCUAAUAUUGAUACAAUCCUGUUAUCUAGGAUACAGUCUAUAUUCAAAUUUCUUGUUUCUUCCAAUAAUGUCCUUCAAGCUGCCCACCCCCUGCCCCAAUUUAGAUCUAAUCAAGGAUCACACUAAAUUUAGUUGUCAUGUAAACUAAAUAUUUUGGUUAAAGACCGUUUCUAGAAAGGUGAUAAUAUAUUUAAAAGGAUAUUUGAUAUACAAUAAUCUAGUGUGGUAAUGAAAAGUCCUCACCAGUCUGAUACAGUGGUAUGUAUCUCAUUAUAUUAAUUCUCUAUUUUACUACUAGGCUCUUCUGUGUGGCAGCUCGCAAUGAUGGAUCAAGCAAGAUCAGCAUUCUCUAACUUGGUAAGAUUUUCAGUAAGAAAGAUUUCUCUGUCACCAGUUUGCAAGAAUACGAAGUAUACAAGGAUGGCUUUCACCCAGUAAGCAGGAAAUAAUACCCAAAGCUGUCAUCAGGUAUUCAUUUAUAUUCGAAGUGGUGGUCUUGAGGCGUAACUGAUCUCACAAAGGAAGGGUAUAUUCAGUCUUGAGUAGAGCUAAUUAUGGAAAAUCUUGUAAGAAGUUUCAGGGCAGAGAGACAAUCAAGUAGAUAAGAUGAAGUAAAGAAAGCACUGGUCAAAUUGUAUACCAGUAGACAUGCAUAAGAGAAACCCUGAAUGAAAAGUCUGAAUGAGAUGAAGGCCAGUGUGUGAUCCAGCCCUCAUCUGCCGUUGACAGAACUGGGCACAGAGGAGAAUGCUGAUUUGAAGGGGGAACUUCUUUUUCCUUGAGAAUGUAUAGCAAGUCAUAGUAAUGGCCCAAUAAUAUGUAUAACACCUCACCAAACUUUCUUUAACUGUCCCUAUUCCCUUUCUUCUCUCAUAAUGCUUUCUCUCUGUCCUUUUUUCUUUUUUAAAUCUCAGUUUGGUGGAGAACCAUUGUCAUAUACCCGGUUUAGUCUGGCUCGGCAAGUCGAUGGCGAUAACAGUCAUGUGGAGAUGAAACUAGCUGUAGAUGAAGAAGAAAAUGUUGACAAUAACAUGAGGGGUAACCACACCAAUGUCACAAAACCAAAAAGGUUAAAUGGAUAUAUCUGCUAUGGGACUAUUGCUGUAAUCGUCUUUUUCUUGAUUGGAUUUAUGAUUGGCUACUUGGGCUAUUGUAAACGUGUAGAACCAAAAGCCGAUUGUGAGAGACCGGCAGGAAGAGAGCCUUCGUGCACAGAGGAGACAGAACCUUUCGAAACAGAAGAGCAGCUCCCCGAAACACGUCGCAUAUUUUGGACAGACCUCAAAUCAAUGUUGUCCAAGAGACUGGAUGCCAUAGACUUCACCAGUGCCAUCAAGAUGCUGAAUGGAAAUUCUUAUGUCCCUCGUGAGGCUGGAUCUCAAAAAGAUGAAAGCCUUGCUUUUUACAUUGAAAAUCAGUUCCGUGAACUUAAACUCAGCAAAGCCUGGCAUGAUGAACAUUUUGUUAAGAUUCAGGUCAAAGGCAGCAAUGCUCACAACUCGGUGACCAUAGUGAGUGAGAGUGGCAGCAGCAGUACGGUGUACCUGGUGGAGAAUCCCGAGGGUUAUGUGGCGUAUAGUAAGGCUACGACAGUUACUGGUAAACUGGUCCAUGCUAAUUUUGGCACUAAAAAAGACUUUGAGGAUUUAAAUAUGCCUGUGAAUGGAUCUUUAGUGAUUGUUAGAGCAGGGAAAAUUACUUUUGCUGAAAAGGCUGCAAAUGCUGAAAGUUUAAAUGCAAUCGGUGUCUUGAUAUACAUGGACCAGACUAAAUUUCCCAUUGUUAAUGCAGAUCUUCCAGUUUUUGGACAUGCUCAUCUGGGAACAGGUGACCCUUACACACCUGGAUUCCCUUCUUUCAAUCACACUCAGUUUCCACCAUCUCAGUCAUCAGGAUUGCCUAACAUCCCUGUCCAAACAAUUUCCAGAGCUGGUGCAGAAAAGCUAUUUCAACAUAUGGAAGGAGACUGUCCUCCUAUUUGGGGAUUAGACUCUUCAUGUAAGCUGGUAUCCUCACAGAACAAGAAUGUGAAGCUCACUGUGAACAAUGUGCUGAAAGAGAUAAGAAUUUUUAACAUCUUUGGAGUUAUUAAGGGCUUUGAAGAACCAGAUCGCUAUGUUAUAGUAGGGGCCCAGAGGGAUGCCUGGGGUCCUGGAGCUGCAAAGUCCAGUGUAGGAACAAGUCUCCUAUUGAAACUUGCCCAGAUACUUUCCGAUAUGGUCUUAAAAGGUCAGUUUAAACCCAGCAGGAGCAUUGUCUUUGCCAGCUGGAGUGGUGGAGACUUUGGAGCUAUUGGUGCCACUGAAUGGCUAGAGGGAUACCUUGCCUCCUUGCAUUUAAAGGCUUUCACUUACAUUAACCUGGAUAAAGCUGUUCUUGGUACCAGCAAGUUCAAAGUUUCUUCCAGCCCACUGUUGUAUUCGCUUAUUGAGAAGACGAUGCAAGAUGUGAAACAUCCAGUUACUGGGCUCUCUCUAUAUCGGGAUAGCAACUGGAUCAACAAAGUCGAGAAACUUUCUUUUGAUAAUGCUGCUUUCCCUUUCCUUGCAUAUUCUGGAAUCCCAGCAGUCUCUUUCUGUUUUUGUGAGGACACAGAUUACCCUUAUUUGGGUACUCCCAUGGAUACCUAUGAGGUACUGAAUCAGAAUGUUCCUCAGUUGAACAAAACGGCACGUGCAGCAGCAGAAGUAGCCGGUCUGCUUGUGAUUAAACUUACCCAUGAUGUUGAAUUGAACCUGAACUAUGAGAUGUAUAAUGACAAAAUACUUUGGUUUGUGAGAGAAAUGAACCAGUUCAGAGCAGACAUAAAGGAGAUGGGUCUGAAUCUACAGUGGUUGUAUUCUGCUCGUGGAGACUUCUUCCGUGCUACGUCUAGACUAACAACAGAUUAUAAGAAUGCUGAGAGGACAAACAGAUUUGUCAUGAGGGAGAUCAAUGACCGUAUCAUGAAAGUGGAAUAUCACUUCCUGUCACCCUACGUAUCUCCAAGAGAGUCUCCUUUCCGACAUAUCUUCUGGGGCUCUGGCUCUCACACUCUGUCAGCUUUACUAGAGCACUUAAAGCUGCGGCAGAAAAAUAACGGUGCUUUUAAUGAAACACUGUUGAAAAACCAGUUGGCUCUAGCAACUUGGACUAUUCAGGGAGCUGCAAAUGCCCUCUCUGGUGACAUCUGGGACAUUGACAAUGAAUUUUAAAUGUGAUACCUAUAACUUAUAUAAGAACAUCAGGGUAGUGUGGUUCCUAGACUUGUGUUGGUUGUGCUAAAUUUUCAGUAGGGCUACAAAACCUAAUAUUGUUAAAAUUCUACCCAAUCUUGGUACUAAUAGAUGUCUUUAGGCAGCAGCUUUUAAUACAGGGUAGGUACCUGCACUUCAAGUUAAAGUGACUAACCACUUAAAAAAAUGUUCACGAUAGAAUAUUUUCUCUGAUUAUCUCUAGGGUUUUAAGUGCUUUGUAAUGGUAACUGCCUCUUUCCUGUUACAGUUAUGAAAAAGUCAGAACCAUUUAUGUGAACUAUUGCUCUAAAUCCUAAGUACGUGAACUGGUAUCUUUUGAAUUGGAGGAGGAAGGUGAUAUCUGCUGAAGGUGGAAAGUGGUAGCUUAAUGUGAUUCUCCACCUUCACUGGAUGCUAUAUAGGAGAUCCCAGGCUGUAAGGCUUUACUCUCCACAUGAGAUCUCUGCCUUCUUUAAGGAUUUAGCUCGUUUCCACAUCUGAAAGUGAAAUAGUUCACUUUCAGAAGAGAUGGGACUUGUUUUCUUGCCAGUGAGGUCUGAAAUAGAGGUCCUUCCGCUGCAUAAAAGGAGGCUCAACUGUUUAUCACAGGAGUAAGGCCUUAAUGUGUUAACCUCAAGAUUAUGUAUGAAAAGAGGAGACCAGAAGCCAAAGACCUAGUAUAUUUUCUCUUCCUCUGUCCCUUGUCCCAUAAACCUUUGUUAGUUUUUUGUUUUCGUUUUUUCCGAGGUAUUUUGAAAGAGAACCAAGUUUUAGGUGUUUAAUUUCAAACUCAGUUCGUCAGACUUUAAAGAACACACUGCCAAAUUUUGGCCAAAGUGUUAAUUUUUUGGAAAAGCUUCCUGUCAUUUUGGCACUGAGAUAUUUAUUGUUUAUUUAUCAGUGACAGAGUUCACUAUAAAUGGUGUUUUUUUUAUAGAAGAUAAUUAUCGGAAGCAGUGCCUUCCAUAAUUAUGACAGUUAUACUGUCGUUUUUUUUUUAAAUAAUAGCAGCAUCUGCUAAUAAAACCCAACAGAUACUGGAAGUUUUGCAUUUGUGGUCGACACUUACGGGUGUUAGAAAACAACCGCAAGCCAAAUAAAAUUAUAAAGCUAAGUCUUGGAGAAGAAUUAAAUUUAAUUAGUGGUUGCUAAUCAAGUUAAAUUUCUAUUUAGCUAAUCAGAUAAAAACAGCAGUUCCCCUAAAUGCAGUGAAUUGUGACCAAGUUAUAAAUUAAUGUCACUUAAAAGCUGUGAUCGUACUCAUACAUGCAAAAUUUUACAGCUCAAUUUAUCCAAGGUGUAACUUUAAUUCGAAUUUUGCAAAAUUUCCAGUACCUUUGUCACAAACCUAACUCACAUUAUCGGGAGCAGUGUCUUCCAUAAUGUAUAAAGAACAAGGUAGUUUUUGCCUACCACAGUGUCUAUAUCGGAGACAGUGAUCUCCAUAUGUUACACUAAGGGUGUACGUAAUUAUCGGGAACAGUGUUUCCCAUAAUUUUCUUCAUGCAAUGACGUCUUCAAAGCUUGAAGAUCGUUAGUAUCUAACAUGUAUUCCCAGCUCCCUAUAAUUCUCUUUUAGUUUUAGUUGCAGAAACAUGGAGGUCAUUAAGCAUUUGGUGGAUAACUUUAACCACUGUAAAAUAAAAUUACUUCCUUCAAGAGUCUUUGUUUUUAAACCUAACGUUGUGUUUUGUUAUAUUUGUGGUUUCCCCAGGUCUUCUGUUUAGCGGGAUAGUGGCAUACAUUUAUAAUGUUUGCUGUUGUCAAAUGAAUUUAACUUUAUCCCCUUAUUUGCAUGUUAUCUCCUAUAAACUUAGUUCAUACAAGUUUGAAUCCAGAAUUGACCUUCUAGCUUAAAGCAGGGGAAACUUAUAUAGGAGUUUGGGGGGGAGGGAGGAGUGGAGGGUGUGGGGAGAUGAAGCUUGCAGAAAGGUAUUUGAUCAUGUCUCCCCAACCAUUAGGAUUUGGUGGUUAUAAGUUAAACAUAGAUUUGAACAAAUAAGUUUGAGGCUACAUCAGUUAGGACUUUAUUUUCUACUCAGCCAUCAUUAUAAACCUGAUAAUCAGCUGUUUGUUCUAAGGCAGUUCAAUACUGUCGCCUAAGAAAAACUCCACAGGGUCUCUUCAGAUUCUUAAACUUAGUGUCAUUUAUGUAAGUUAAAAUAGAUGUAGAUUAAUACGGUCUCACUGAUUUGACCAUUCACAGUCUAUUUUAGUCUUUACGGUGUUUUAUCUUGAACUGAUAUUUAGUGGUAAGUGAAAAGGUCAUAGCUGGGAUUCCUGGUUUGAGUAUCAUUCUUUAUCGUAUUUUAAUGAAAGUUCAGUGGCUUCAAGGCAUAUUAUGAACAAUGGGCAUAUAUUUUACAACAGUAAAUCUCUUCAGAAAACUUUUCUGUAGAUAGGACUAAGUUAUUUACAAUCAAACAAGUCAGUAGUGGUAAGGGGCUUAAUAUUCCUGAAUGAAAUGUGUAUCUGACUAGUGACAACCAACUGGUCUUCAGAUUUUUUUUGUUUUAGAUGUCAUGUGCAUUUUGAAGGUAAAGCAUAAAAUGAAUGAGCUUUGUCAUGAUUCACUAUUCUAGAACUUGCAUGACCUUUAUUGUGUUUCCUUUUGAAUGUUCUUGAAAUUUUAGUUGGCUAAACAUGGUUUAUUAGACUUGUCAACUUACUGCUCAGCUGUGUCUUCGUAAACAAGUGAUAUGCCCUUAUAAUUGUAUACAAUCUGGUAUGUGCAACAAUGUGGAGAUUCCUUAUCUGAUUUAAUAAAAUGCUUGAACACUGUU